UGGCGGGCGGCGGGGCGCCGCGGGGCAGCGGCGGCGGGCGGGCGGCGCCAUGGAGGAGCAGCCGGCGGCGGCGGAGGAGGAGCGGGUGCUGCGGGACUACCUGGCCUACUACGCGGCCCGAGGGGCCGAGGGGCGGCUGGCGGCGUGCGACGAGGCCGCCCUGAAGGCGAGGGCUCGCCGGCUGCUGGAGCCGCGGCGACGGGGCGGCCUGGACGUGCGCGGCGUGGCCGAGCGGUGCCGGCGGGCCCGCGGGCAGCGGGGGGGCGGCUGCGGCGUCCUGAGGGACCUGCUGAAGGCGCUGGAGGUCCUGGAGCUGCUCUGCGUCAACCUGCUGCUGUCCCCGUGGAGGAAGGAGAUCAGGUCGCUGAAGACAUUCACCGGUAAUUUUGUCUACUAUAUUCAAUCUGUGCUCCCAGAUGACAUAGUAAAAACAGUACUGGAGAAAAUAGGUUACAUUGCAACAACAGAAACAGAGUUUUCACUUGUCAGAAAGAGAAACAAUGAGGAAAUGAAGCAGACUGCAUUUGAAAUAUUCCUGGCAAGAAUUGAGUGUGAAACCAUCCUCGAAAUGACAAAUGAAGAAAAACAUGGCAAUUUGGAGAAGACCCUGCAGAAGAGAACACAAAUGCACUGGCAUCAUGGAAAUAAGGACAAAGAAGAUCAGACACCCCAGAGAGAAGACUCUGAAAACAUAGAAAAUAAAGAAAACAGAGAAAUAUCUUUGUGCCUUGCUACGCAACCGAAGUCUUCAACUAAUAGCGAUAAAUCCUUUGAAGCUGCUGGGAAUCUUAAGAUCAAAGAUGACAUGCCUCAGUUAGCGGUUACUCAAUCCACUAACAGGCUUCAGGAACACCAAAGGCAAAUCAUUAACACAGCACGCUUUCCGGGCAAAUGCUCAGACAGCGAGGACUUCUUGAUCAAAUAUAGCGACAUUGUCAUAAGACAGACACCUAUUUUCAGUGAGAAUCUUUCUCCAAAAGCUUUUGAAAAAAAGCCAAGAGCCAGUCUAAGUGAAGAAUGUGUUUUGGCAGUCACUGCACAGUCAACUGUAAAUGAGAUCAGGCCUGUGCCACUCUCACCAGGAGCGAGCGGUCCGCCAGCCUUUGCAAUAUUUGCUGACAGCUCUUGUGACAGUCAGAACACAUUGGAGUACGAAGCUCAAGAAGUGCCUGAAGAAUCAAUUGAAGCAAAAAUUAACGAUGCCAUAAAUUGUGUAGACCCAGACCCUGCAGACGAACCCAAUGAGCUGAAGUCUCUGCCAUACAAGGGCAUUGCCUCUGUCCAAAACUGUGGUGUCACUAAGGAAGAGGAAGUUUGUGAGCUGUCUUUAACCUUCACAAAACUACAAGUCAAGGACACUCAGGAAGAUUUGAUGUAUCCAAUAGAGGAAACUGGGCAACCUCAGUCAGUAUCAUAUGCAACUACAAGUGACAGGAAUGUAAGAGAAUUUAAUCAGUCUAAAAUAAAAUGCACAUACCUGGCCAAUGCUCAAAUGCAGAACCAAGCAGCUGCAUGUAUUGAGCCAUCUUCAGAUCUGUGCUGUACUACUGGGAGCGUGGAGGAUCCCACUACUGAGUCUGAUAGCAAGAGACUAUUAAUGGAUACUCCUAAUGCGCACGCAGCUUGUGAGUGCUUCAGACGUAUUAGAGAGCCCCCAAAUCCCACCUACAUUCCACCACGAAGUAUUAAUGUUCAGUCUCCAAGCAGAAGAACCACCAGUGCACUGGGUAGAAGGAACCUCUUGCAGCCUGAUUGUGACUCUCCCAAAUCCAGUGAAGUAAAGCUGGAAAACUAUAAUUCAAAAGUAAACGAAAUCCAGGAGCCUUAUGUCAUUAUUGACAAAAGUGACCCAGGAAUGUUGUGCCAUAACACUUGAUUCUAACAGUGCUUUAUUUGUAAUAACCCCCGGGGUAACCCAAUUAGUUUUUGAACAACUAAUUGCUGGAGUCUUAUCAUCAGGGCAAGACUGCCUUCAGCUUUGGAUGGUGUUGAGUGGGAGAAACAGAUAUUGUGAACAUGCACACAGAGAUUAAUACGUCUGUACUGGGUCUGGUUGGUAUGGAGUUAACUUUCUCGAUAGCAGCCUGCACUGUGGCAUGUUUAGGAGUAGUGGCUAAAACUGUUGGUAACACCCCAGUGUUCUGGCUGUUGCUGAAGAGUGCCUGCACAGCGCCAAUGCCUUCUCUCUUCCUCACUCUGCCCCCCACCCCCGGUGAGUAGGCUGGGGGUGGGCAAGAAAUGGGGAGAGGACACAACUGGAACAGCUGACUGAAAUUAGCCAAAGAGAUAUAACAUGUAACAUCAUGCUUAGCAAUAAAACUGGGAUAGCAGAAGGUGGUGUGUUUUUUUUGUCUGCCUUUGCAUCACUUCUUCCUUCCCCUCUUCCCUUCGCUUAUUAAACCUCUAUUUCAACCCGAAAGUUUCUUGCUUUUGCUUUUCUUAUGUUCCUGUCAUGUAGGGAGGUGAGCAAGCAGAUAUGCAGGUGCUUAGCUACUCACUGAGUCAACCCACCACAACCUGCUCGCUCUUCUUUCAGGUAGUUGUGUGUUCUUCCUAAUCAUUUUGUUUUUUCUAAGAUGUAUUUUCCUCCCUGUGGGGGUUAUUAAAGCUGUGUUUUAAAAUC